CUCAUGGUGCCCAGGCGCCCCGGCUAUGGCACCAUGGGCAAACCCAUUAAACUGCUGGCCAACUGCUUCCAAGUUGAAAUCCCAAAGAUUGAUGUCUACCUCUAUGAGGUGGAUAUCAAACCAGAUAAGUGUCCUCGGAGGGUGAACAGGGAGGUGGUGGACUCAAUGGUGCAGCAUUUUAAAGUGACAAUAUUUGGGGACCGUAGACCGGUUUAUGAUGGGAAGAGAAGCCUCUAUACAGCCAACCCGCUUCCUGUGGCCACUACUGGGGUGGAUUUGGAUGUGACAUUACCAGGAGAAGGUGGAAAAGAUCGUCCCUUCAAAGUGUCAAUAAAGUUUGUUUCUCGGGUGAGCUGGCACUUGCUGCAUGAAGUUUUGACAGGAAGAACCUUGCCUGAGCCUCUGGAACUAGACAAACCUAUCAGCACUAACCCUGUUCAUGCUGUCGAUGUGGUGCUACGACACCUACCCUCCAUGAAGUAUACCCCUGUGGGCCGCUCCUUUUUCUCAGCCCCGGAAGGCUAUGAUCACCCCCUGGGUGGGGGUAGGGAGGUCUGGUUUGGAUUCCAUCAGUCUGUUCGGCCUGCCAUGUGGAAGAUGAUGCUCAAUAUUGAUGUUUCUGCCACUGCCUUCUACAAAGCACAACCUGUAAUUCAGUUUAUGUGUGAAGUUCUUGACAUUCACAAUAUCGAUGAACAACCGAGACCUCUGACUGAUUCCCAUCGCGUAAAAUUCACCAAAGAGAUAAAGGGUCUGAAGGUAGAAGUGACUCACUGUGGAACGAUGAGAAGGAAGUACCGUGUUUGUAACGUAACAAGGCGGCCUGCAAGUCAUCAAACCUUUCCUUUGCAGUUAGAGAACGGCCAGACUGUGGAGAGAACAGUAGCACAGUAUUUCAGAGAGAAAUACAACCUCCAGCUGAAAUACCCUCAUCUUCCUUGCCUACAAGUGGGACAGGAACAGAAACACACCUACCUGCCUUUAGAAGUAUGUAACAUCGUAGCUGGCCAGCGGUGUAUCAAGAAGCUAACAGACAAUCAGACAUCGACUAUGAUAAAGGCCACAGCAAGAUCUGCCCCAGAUAGGCAAGAGGAAAUAAGCAGAUUGGUUAGUUCUUUAAUUAUGGUUCGUGCGAAUUACGAUGCAGAUCCCUUUGUUCAAGAGUUCCAGUUCAAAGUGCGGGACGAGAUGGCCCAUGUCACGGGGCGCGUGCUCCCAGCACCCAUGUUGCAGUACGGAGGACGGAAUCGAACAGUGGCCACCCCGAGCCAUGGGGUAUGGGACAUGCGAGGGAAGCAGUUCCACACCGGUGUCGAGAUCAAAAUGUGGGCUAUAGCUUGCUUUGCAACCCAGAGACAAUGCAGAGAAGAAAUACUGAAGGGUUUCACGGACCAGCUGCGCAAGAUC